UGUGUGGUUUGCUUACAUGUUUGUACAUUUGUCUGGAUAAACAAUCUCCCUCUCCUCGCCCAACAAAACCCUUUCCAAAUUGAGAUUGACCUCCAUAGAAGAAUCCACAGCUUCUCUUUCAUAAAAAUGGCGGAUCUUAGCUCACAAUCUCAGCUCAUCCCUAACCUCCCAGACGACAUUGCCUUACAGUGCUUAGCCAGAGUGCCACGUUCCCAUCACCCCAUUCUCUCCAUCGUCUCCAAAUCUUGGCGUUGCAUCUUAAGCUCCACUGCACUUUACACCACCCGAUCAAUCCUCCGUACUACCGAAACCUUCCUCUACCUUAAUAUCCGGGUAAACUCCACUUUCCACUGGUAUACUCUCUUCCACAACCUUAUUUUCACAAACCCAGAAAAACCCAGAAAGCUUUUUCCCCUUUCUUCAAUACCCACCAAGCCGAUUGGACCGGCGUUUGCAGUAUUGGGCUCGAGAAUCUAUGUGAUUGGUGGGUCUAUUGGUGAAAUUCCUUCGAAUAAUGUGUGGGUUUUUGAUUGUAGGUUUAAUUGUUGGGAAAUGGGGCCGAGAAUGAGAAUUGGUAGGGAGUUUGCAGCAGCUGGUGUUGUGAAUGGGAAGAUUUAUGUAAUGGGUGGGUGUGUUGUUGAUAAUUGGGCGAGGUCGAUGAAUUGGGCUGAGGUUUUUGAUCCGACGACGGGGUUGUGGACUGCGUUGCCGAGUCCGAUUGAAGUUAGGGAUAAGUGGAUGCAUGCUAGUGCAGUUGUGGGUGAGAAAAUGUAUGCAAUGGCGGAUAGGGGAGGAGUGGUGUAUGAUGUUGGGGGAUGUGAAUGGGGGAGUGUGUCGAAAAGGCUUGAUUUGGGUUGGAGGGGACGGGCUGCGGUGGUGGGAGGGGUGUUGUAUUGUUAUGAUUAUUUGGGUAAGAUUAGAGGGUAUGAUGUGAAGGAAGAUGUGUGGAAGGAAUUGAAAGGGGUGGAUAAGGGGUUGCCUAAGUUUCUCUGUGGUGCCACGAUGGUGAAUUUUGAUGACAGGUUGUGUGUUGUGUGGGAAGGCAAGGGGAGGGGAAAGGAGGUUGACAUUAUGUGUGCAGAGAUCGAAGUGUGGAAGGAUGAAGAUGGAGGGUUGAGUGGGAACAUUUUGUGGUCGGAUAUGAUUCUUGUUGUUCCUAAUGGUGCCUCAAUUGUGCAGUGCUUGGCAGUUGACUUGUGAUGAUUACUACAAACAAGAUUGAAGGUGCUGGUCAUACAUGUAAUGAGCUUUCUUCUCAGAUGCCCGCUUGUUUGGGUUGCAUCAUUAUCCUGCGGUUGUCUUUGAGAGUUCAAUAUAUGACUGCACAAAGUCAGAUACUGGCAGGAAGCUUCAAGUCUGAACCCUCAAGAAUUAAUAUUUCCAAGAUGUUGAUUGUUUCAUAGGCCAUUUUCCAGAUAAGUGCUUCUGGUUCAACUUUUAGUGCCAGAUUGAGCAGUUGUAGAUUGUGAGUUGUGUUUCAAACACAUUUCUGGAAAGCUGCUGCGUAAAUUCUUGGAAUAAAUUUUAGUGUAACGAAGAUAGUGAGCAAAAGUUUGUAUUUGUCGUUGAACUCUGUUUGAAAAGGAUCAACAAACUUUUCGACAGGAACCAAACCCCAUGGCUGCUUAAGUUUCAAAUAUUUCAACAACUCUGUGCAAUUCGGCUGAGGUUAUGAAACAAGCCUAGGUUGUCUGCUUGUCAGGAUUCCUUGCAGAUUCAAGUGCAUUUGUAACAGCCAUGCUGAAUAUUGUGGACGUCCAAGCUUCAAUCAUACCUCUAAUGACGAUGAAUUCAGACAUGUUCGAAAUACUCAGUUAUCUUCAACAACAACUAGUAGACCUCAAUUGCAAGUUAUAUUGCUUGUUGUCCAUUUCACUCUAUUUAUCCCAUCUCUGUCCAGAAUAUAGUCUGUUGUGUUCGAACUGGGAAAUACUACUGGAUCUGAAUUGUAUAACUUCCCUGUAUUAUAUUGUCCCCUUGCCUAGGUCAAUUUUGGUAGUUCACUUUAACAUUGUAAUUCCAAUAUGAGUUUUCCAUUGUUUACUUGCAUAUUUCUUUGCGAUGUAAAUGAAUUGCAUAAAC